UAAACGGCGCGUAAAUUUUAACUGAAUCUCUGUCGAAUAUUCUGUCACAACACAUACAUUUAAGUAUUAAAAUCAAACAAAAGAUUUUUAAAACAUAUCACACUGAAAUAAUUUUAAAACUUAAACAAUUGAAAAUGUUUUCAAGACAAAUAUCACGAAUUUUAAAACUACAAAACCAAAAUGCAUUUUUACCAAGAAUGUUUGCAUCUACUGAACAAGAACCUUCGAGAAUUGAAAAAACCAUAAAUAAUGUGACAUUGUUAGGCCGUGCGGGAGGUGAACCGCAGAAGAAAGGCACUGGUGAACAUCCCGUUGUUAUAUUUUCGUUAGCCACACAUUCAAAUUAUAGGUACGAUACCGGCGAUUUUAUGCAGCGAGUUGAAUGGCAUAGAAUUUGUGUUUUUAAACCGGCCUUACGAGAAGCAGUACUCUCAUAUUUAAAGAAAGGGCAACGAGUUUAUGUCACAGGAAAAUUAAGUUAUGGUGAAGUAAAAAAUGACGAUGGUACUCCCAAGUAUACAACUGCAAUAAUCGCAGACGAUGUAAUAUUCUUUCAGAAUCCCGAAAUAAAAAAAUAAUUUGAUAUUGUUCAAUUUCAUUUUAUAAGUUUAUAUUUUGUUAAUGUAGAAUAUUAUUUUGUUUACGCUUUUCAAUACAAUAUCUUAAUACAUUUUGA